AUGUUUAACAUGGUUGUUAUACUCAGUGAUAAUAGAAGAGUAAGAGGUAAUCAACAUGAACAGGCAAUAUUUAAAGGCAUCUUGUCACAACUUCGAACUGGAGAAACAAGUCUUGAUGAUUGGAGAACAUUACUAACUCGACAGCCAAGUUCUGUGUCCAACCUUGAUGAUUUUGUAAACGCAAUAAGACUAUAUUACAGCAACGAAGAAGUAGGAAAGUUCAGUUAUGACCACUUACGAAAGUUAAGUACUCCAAUUGCAGAAAUCCAUGCCCGGCAUUCCAGCUGUGAUGCUAAACAGAUUAGUGCUCAGGAUAUGCUUGGUUUACACCCAGUUGUUUUGAUUUGCAAAGGAGCAAGGGUGAUGUUGACAAUCAAUCUAUGCAUGGCCCUUGGUUGGUCUAUGCAAUGGGUCAACUGGAACUGUUAUUGAUAUUAUAUAUGCACAAAAUCAUAGACCUGAUUUGCCUAUUGCUGUUUUGGUAAAAUUUGAUAACUAUCACGGUCCAUCCCUUCCAAAUAUGCCUUCUUGUGUUCCUAUUCCUCCUGUCACUGCAACUGCAAUUGUAGGUAAUAGUUCACAUGAAAGACAGCAAUUACCUUUAACACUUGCUUGGGCAUUAACAAUUCAUAAAAGUCAGGGAAUGACAUUGGAGAAAGCAUGGAUUGAUAUAGGAAAAAAGGAGACCACUAUAGGAAUGACUUAUGUUGCAAUUAGUUGAGCUUGCAAUUUGUCAUCAUUAGUAAUAGAGCCAAUGACAUAUGAUAGACUUACCUCCAUAAAAAAAUGGAAUCCCUACAGUAUAGAUUGCAAGAGGAAAGACGACUACAAGAUGUUGCUAACUUUGCUAUGCCCUAACUCUCUCAUAUGCAUAUUAAACAUGUUUUUGAUGUGAAUAAUAGUGUUAUAUUGUUUUAUAAAUGUUUAUCUAAUUUUUUUUUCAGACUUUUUAAAGAAAUGGACAAAUUUACUGGUAUGUAUUCAUUUCUAAGUGCCCUAGAAACAGCAAUUCAAAAAUGCCAGAAAUACCAAUUCAAAAGUAACUCAUUUGACUGUUAAGUUUACUAAUUAUUUCUUUCUGUGCACAACAUUGAUAAUUAUUACUCUGCUUAGAUAAAGUUGAAAUUGAAAACAUUGAUAUGGAAGCCAAAAAGACUGAAGGUAAAAAUUAGCAAACAUUAUAGUCAGUUAAAUUCAUAUACCACAGUAAAGAGUAUAGUUGUAUGUUUGCACCUUUAGGUUUUGAGAGUCCUAGUAAACCAAUAUAAACCUUCAGCUGGCACUGAAUAUGUGCAAACUAUCAAGCCACAAGAGAGUAAAGCAAAUACAACAGUUGCUCAAGGUAAGAAUAAUUAACUCCUAGUCUAAAUGUCUGAGAAACUUAUGGGUUCGAAACAUGCUCCAUGGCACAUUUGUGGGACCAAAAAAAAUAUGUGGGUUUCCGGUUUCUUCUUGUAAAAACUUAGGUAGGGUAGGUCGGUUUUAACUUUUUUUUAAACUUUUGUUUUAAUUUUCCUAAAAACCGGAUGCCAUUUUGUUUAGUCAGUGCUUCCACAUCCAAAAAUAUAUUUCCCUAAAAUUGCCUCAAAUUUCCAUUUUCCACAAACCUUUUCCUCUAAGUGGAAACACUUACAAGCAUGAUCCAAUAAAAAAGUUUAGGGUCGGGAUUUCGGCGUCCAAAAGCUUGCUAGGUAGGGUCGGGAAACUGGAAACGCACAUAUUUUUUUUUGGCCUGGGGGUCUUAAAGACUAUUUCCAGGAUCUUCUGUUGGUUGAACAUGUUAUGUAUUAUUACCCAUUUAACUAAUUAAUAUUUGUCUUAAUUCUUAGAUGAACCAAUCAUUGCCUAUUUACAUAAUCUCCAAUUAAAACAAGCCAAAAAGACAACAUGUAUUUUGAGAUGA